AGACCUUUUGCAUGCUCGCCACGGAGUUGUUUUGGUGGCCCUUUCGCGUGCUUCCUACUCCAUAUUGCUCAAAGACGCUGAACUAUAUAUACACACACACACACACAGACAAACACACACACACACGCAGAGAUGGCUGCAGUUGGUGAGAGGAAUGCAAUGGCGACGGAGGCUCCUCUUGCACCGGUCACUAGCGAGAGGAGGGUCCGGACCGACUUAGAAACGUCACUUCCAAAACCAUAUAUGCCUAGAGCAUUGGCUGCUGUUGAUACGGACCAUGUGAAUGGGACUCCGGGCCAUAAACAUCACAACAUGAGUGUUCUUCAGCAACAUGUAGCAUUCUUUGACCAAGAUGCCAAUGGGAUUAUUUACCCUUGGGAAACCUACACUGGACUGCGUCAAAUUGGUUUUAAUACGGUUGCCUCUCUUAUUAUGGCCGGUGUUAUCAAUAUGGCUUUGAGUUAUCCUACUCUUCCGGGGUGGAUCCCUUCUCCUUUUUUCCCUAUCUACAUACACAACAUACAUAAGUCCAAGCACGGGAGUGACUCCGGAACUUAUGACACAGAAGGAAGGUUUGUUCCAGUGAACCUUGAGAACAGUUUCAGCAAGUAUGCUCGCACAGUGCCUGACAAGCUCACAUUUGGAGAGAUCUGGGACAUGACCGAAGGCAACCGUGUCGCAUACGACUUCUUUGGAUGGCUCGCGAGUAAGAUGGAGUGGGGAAUACUGUAUGUUCUUGCCAGAGACGAAGAGGGUUUCCUGUCUAAAGAAGCCAUCAGGCGCUGCUUCGACGGAAGCUUGUUCGAGUACUGCGCCAGGAUGCAGAUAGGUGCUGAGGCUAAGACGUAUUGAAGCAUACUAUGUGCAAACCUGUUAUGUGAGUUGUAUUUUGCUGUUUCUGUUUCAUGUUGCAAUAGUAGUGUAAUAUCUAAGGAGAUGCUUUUUGCACAUAGUAUGGUUUCUUGAGGUUGUAAUAUAGCCUACUUAAUGCCCAUCUAUAUGUAUAUGUUUGAAUAAAUGUGUAAUGGUUUGGCCUAUUUUCCACCAGAUAGAAUCUACUUAUAGCAAUUAUAUCAG